AUGUACGGUAGCGGAAGCGGCUUGGGCUACGGUGGUCUGGGUAUGUAUGGUAGCGGAAUGGGCCUGGGCAUGUAUGGUGGCUGGCCGUAUGGCGGCGGUGGUUAUUACGGUGGAUAUUACUAA